AUGGUCUUCCUACCGCACGCUCAAUUUGGUCAGCUGGGGACGGUUCCGGAUCAUAUACCGAUCAACGAAUUCAUGCUCAAUGAACAGCAUGGGCGCGUGGCACAUGAGAAAUCCAACGAUCCAUAUACAUGUGGAAUCACAGGGAAAACAUACACGUCGCGGCAGGUCGUGGACCGCGUAGAUCAUAUUGCGAGAGGUCUCUCGAGGGAACUCGGAUGGAAAUCCAACCAGGGUACGGAGUGGGACAAGACUUUAGCUGUUUUCAGCCUGAACACGAUUGAUUCCUUACCCCUUUUCUGGGCGACUCACCGGCUGGGUGGUCUAGUCUCACCGGCCAAUGCGGCAUAUUCUGCUUCGGAGCUGAAGCAUCAACUGCUGGAUUCGAAAGCCAAGGCCUUGUUUACUUGUGCACCCCUCUUGUCUGUUGCUGUGGAAGCCGCCACUUUGGCUGGUUUUCCACAAAGUAAGAUAUACCUAAUUGAUGUGCCACUGGAAAUCAUGGGUGGAGCGAAGCCUCCGACCGAGUACAAGACGGUAUCGCAGAUAGCCGAGGCGGGAAAAUCACUGCCUGCAUUGGAGCCACUGAACUGGGGCCCAGGAGAAGGAGCUCGACGGACGGCAUUUUUGUGUUAUUCGAGUGGUACUUCAGGUCUACCAAAAGGUGUCAUGAUUUCGCAUCGCAAUGUCAUCGCAAAUGUACUGCAAAUCAAGGUUUUUGAGAGCAGCUAUCGGGAUGCUCGCGCACGCGCCACCGGCAUAUCUCCUUUUACGGAAGUCGGGCUUGGUCUGCUACCACAAAGCCACAUUUAUGCCCUUGUAGUUAUAAACCAUGCUAGCGCCUACCGUGGGGAUCAAACUAUCAUCCUCCCCAAGUUCGAGUUGAAGUCCUAUCUGGCUUCUAUCCAGAACUUUAAGAUCACAUCGCUUUUCCUGGUCCCUCCGAUUAUUAUCAAUAUGCUUCGAAGCCACGACGUGUGCUCAAAGUACGAUCUGAGCUCGGUGACGACUCUGUUUACUGGCGCAGCACCCCUGGGAAUGGAAACAGCUGCCGAAUUCCAAAAACUGUACCCGGAUGUCAUUCUUCGACAAGGAUAUGGACUGACAGAAACUUGCACGGUCGUCUCCUCCACCCAUCCCGACGAUGUGGUGCUUGGCUCCUCAGGUUGUUUAUUCCCCGGCUUCGAGGCCCGCAUUAUGUCCGCCGAGGGCCAGGAGAUCUCCAGCUACGACACACCCGGUGAGUUGGUGGUCCGAUCACCUAGCGUUGUGCUUGGCUACUUGAACAACGAGAAGGCCACCAAGGAGACAUUUGAGGAUGGAUGGAUGCGGACUGGUGAUGAGGCGGUUGUCCGUGUUGGUCCAAGGGGCACUGAACAUUUUUUCAUUGUCGAUCGUAUCAAGGAGUUAAUCAAGGUCAAGGGUUUGCAAGUUGCACCAGCUGAGCUUGAAGCUCAUAUUCUUACUCACCCUGCCGUCGCAGACUGCGCUGUUAUUGCUAUCCCAGAUGACACCGCUGGAGAAGUCCCGAAGGCUAUUGUGGUCAAGACGCCCUCGGCAGGUCCCGAUGAGGCAGUAGCUCAGUCUAUCAAGAAACACGUUGAGGAUCACAAAGCUCGCCACAAAUGGCUAAAGGGUGGUGUCAGAUUUGUGGAUGCUGUCCCCAAGAGUCCGAGCGGCAAGAUCCUACGACGAUUGCUCCGCGACCAGGAGAAGGAGGCUCGGAGGAAGACCGGCGUUAAACUUUGA